AUGGAGGAGAGCUCAGAGUGUCAGGAAGCUAAAACCAACGAGGUGAGGAAGAGAAACGGAUGUAGCAAUGGUGGAAAUGGCAAUUUCUCACAGAAAUGGCAAGGCGAGCAAGCGCCUGGAUUUAGUAAACAUUUUCCAGAAGAAAAUAACAAGCCAAAGACCAAAAAGAAAAAAGAGCCAGUUUUCUCUCAUUACUGUGAUACCUGUGACCGUGGCUAUAAAAACCAGGAGAAGUAUGAUGAACAUAUUUCACAACAUAAACAGUGCACGGAAGAAGGUUGCAAUUUCAGCGCACAUGAGAAGAUAGUUCAGAUACACUGGAAGAAUGCACAUGCACCUGGUGCUAAAAGAAUAAAAUUAGAUAGUCCAGAAGAGAUCGCUAGAUGGAGAGAAGAAAGAAAAAAAAAUUUUCCUACGUUGGCAAACAUUGAAAGGAAGAAGGCGAUGCAGAUGCAGAAGGAAGAAAGGGGACAAGUGCUGACUACCCAACAGUUUGGCAAAAUGAAGGGGAUGUGGAAACCUCCAGAAAAUGAAGAGAGGUUUGGGCAGCAAGGAAGACAGAGGAGAAGACAAAGGCGCCCGUUCUGGAAGAAAUUUAGGAAAAAUAGCGGCAAUUAUAACGUACAUAGAACUCAAAAUGAAGCCAAUGGACCAGAAAACAACAUGUGUGAAAAGGAACAUGAAAAACAGCGUGCUUUGGUGGCUCAGCCAUACGUGAAGGACAUGGACCCUCUUGGUCUUCUGGCAAACAGUGAUGCUGAAUCCGACAAGGACGAAGCAGCAGCUGAAGACGGGAGGCUGGGAUUGACUGUUGUUCCCAAGCAGGUCACCUCCGCCCUGAGUUCGUUGUUGGCCAACUAUGGCAGCGCGUCCGACAGCGAGCCUGAAGAAAUCCCUGUCAAGACUGCAACAAAAGCUGAGAAAAACGAGGUUGUGCUCAGAAAUGCGCCUCAAAGUACUUAUGUUCCUUGGAGUCGAAACCCGAAUCAAAAACGUCCGGAAUAUGCAGGCACGACAUUAAGAAGCUCGAAUUCAAAUGCACGUUCCCCCAGAGGGCCUGAUAACUGGGGCAAGAAAACAUUACCUCUCCUUCCGAAGCGCCGUCCAACUCUGCUGGAAAUGUUACUGGCCCAGGACAUCCGACACGAAAGGAAUGUGAUUUUGCAGUGUGUUCGAUACCUCAUCCGAAAUAACGUGUUUGGACUUCAUUUUGAAACAGAACCACAAGCUGAAACAGAGACUGAACAGUCCUCUGCAACCGCAACCACAGCAGAGUCUUUGACGGACCAGCUCAAUGAAUCUAAUUGUUCUUGUAGCUCUGACCUUCAGUUAGCAGGAGGAGAAGAUGCAUUAUUAAUAGCCCAGGGUGAGAAAGCACGCGUGGAUCAGACUUCACAGAUGGUUCACUUGGCAGAUGAGGACAUGUGGGAAACCCCGUCAGUUCAGUGUGAAGAAGCACUGUAGAUGAUGUCUGUUGUGGACAAUAAAGCAAAGGCUCACCUUUUCUACCUGACUGAUGCUUUUUGAAAGACAUCAGUAUAACAAAAUAAUCAUUAAAGUACAUACUGAAAGCUGUUAAAACCACUUUUCUGAUCUGUUCUGCCCGAAGUGGCCGUUUCCUUGUGAAAAGAGCAUCCGUGCUGAGUAAUUGCGUUUCCCCAUGGCAGAAAGGCAGCAGUGGCACAGAGUGUGAUCUUCCCUAGAGUAGGUGCGGAUCCCCACUUUCAAGCUUCAGAGCUCUGAAUGUUUUACCUCGUUACAAAAUGUGUGUCAGUCCAUCACCAGAGCCAAGUAGUGUUGUGGUAGGAUGGAUCUUCCUCAUGUGAAAUCAUGGUGUGGCGUGUCUGGGAGUAUCUGAGUGUCCAGAAGUAUUUCAGUGUACUUUUGUAAUGGUAAUUCACUGCAUAUUUUUUCCCCAGCUGUUAUUUGAUAUACUAUAUCCAAUAUAAAUGUAAUAUAUCCAGUAUAAACUGAAGAAAUGAAAUGGAAGAUACAACUGACCUGGCUCUAAAAGUACUGCUUGCACCAGAAGUCUCCUCCUCUCUG